GCGUCUGGCUAGUUUAACUUUAAGUGCGACGAUGACAGUUGCGGUUGCAAUCGGCUUACUGGUUUUCCAGUGGUUGGGCCAGGGUGAAGGGUUAAUUCCCAGCGAACGCUACCCGGAUCGCUGGCCACCCCGGCAAUAUCCCACGCUGCUCCACAGGGCAAUCGUGGACGGGGUGACCAAUAACGAUAUGCCCGAGGGACUGAUGAUCGCUCAAGACGCCAUGCGGAAAGCCUUUGGUGUCCUACUGGCCAGUUCCAAUGGCUCCACGGCGGAUGAGGUACGGGAGGCCAUGACCGUACCCUCCAAAUCCACGGAUCCCAAUCAAUUUGGAAACACAGAUCCCCGGAACCUGAAACCUAUCUCGGACAAGUUCUACGAGUUCAGCUAUGUAGGCGCCUAUGUACCACCCCAACUGAAGAUAAGACCGGAAUAUGAGCAGAAGAUUCGCGACAUGGACGCGGAUCUGGUGGCCUCCUUUGACAAUGGCACGAUGGAAAGACUCUUGGGAAAGCUAACGGAUGUCAGCGAGGAGCUGAAGGACUCCCUUUCUGCGGAUGAUAUACCUUUUUCGCUGCGUUUGCAGCCUGAGGUCUUUAUUGUUUCAGCAGCCUCCUUCAAGGCCGUGUGGGCGGAUGCAGGUUUCCAUGCCGAGAACCGGCGGAUGAGGGAGUUCAAUGUGGACGAGCGACGACGAACCUAUGUGGACACACUCUACAGCCUGGCCAAGAGGCGUCAGGUGGCCCAUCUUCAUGGCCUGAGGGCCACCAUGCUGCUGCUCCCAUUGCAGGACAGUCGGGUCAAGUUCAUGGUCCUGCUGCCGGAUCUUCUCAACGGAUUGCGACAGCUCGAAAAGGAGCUGGAAUUCGUGGAUCUGCGCAGCUUGCUUGGGGUCAAGAUGGAUAACCGCCGGUACGAUGUUCGUCUGCCUGUGAUGAAGAUCCUCACCAAUCUGGAGCUGGCCGACAAUCUGGGCCUUCUCGGCAUUCGCCAGGCUUUCAGUCCCAAAAAGGCGGAUCUUGGCCAUAUAACAGGGCAAAAGGGGCGACUUUGGGUGCGCCGAUUCCCACACUUGACCUACUUCGCCCUGAACGAGCAGGGCAUCAAUGUUCGGAAGAGAAAGCAAAGGGAAAGCCGAGUGAUACAUAAUGGUGAGACACAGAACCACUUCUUCGCUUCGCAUCCAUUCUUUUUCGCUCUGCUGGACGAGCAUAAGAUCUAUGCCACGGGUCGAUAUGGCCAACUGGCUGUCGAUCCAGAUGAUAUGUAAAUAUAAAAUGGUGGUAAUAACAGUUCCUUUACUGUUUUUAA